CGCGCGCACUCUCGGGCUCACGGCUCCCGCCGCGGGGUUGAGGCGGGUUUCCAAACGCUGUGGAGGCGCCGCAGUGCGCGCAGGAGUGGAGCUGCCUCCGCGUCAGAGCCAGCGCUGGAGCCUUUCUCCCUUUUCUCCGGCUUCCGUGCUGAGGCUCAAAACCAGAGCGCGGGGCGGCACCCUGCCCCGGGCAUGGCGAUCCGCCGGGCUGAGGGCGCGGGUCCGGCUCCCUGGGCGCAGCUGGAGGCCCCCGCCCGCCUCCUGCUGCAGGCGCUGCAGGCGGGGCCCGAGGGCACGCGGGGCGGCCUCGGGGUGCUGCGGAAGCUGGGCAGCGGCGGCGGGGAGCCCUUCGGCUGGGGCCGCUUCCUCGAGGCGCUGUGUCGGGAGGAGCCGGUUGUGGAGGGGCCGGACUGCCGCCUGGAGCUGAAACCACUGCUGCUGCAAUUGCCCCGGUUAUGCCAAAGGAACCUGAUGUCCUUGCUGAUGGCUGUCUGGCCAUCACUGCCUGAAAACAGGCUCCUCCCUGUGCUGCAGAUUGCCCAGCAAGACCCUGACCCCUGGCUACGAGCCCUAGGGGAAUUGCUGCAAAGGGAUCUAGGAGUUGGGGCCUCCAUUGAGGGAGCAUCCCCACUGUCCACAAGGUGCCAGAGACAGCUUCGAGGCCUGUGUAUGCGGCUGGGUCAGGGGGGCAGGAUGUUGAAGUUGCUUCAGGCCCCAGACCCCAAAGAGGGAGAAGUGGAAAAGGAGGAGGAAGACACAGAUUCCCAGAAACUUGGGAAACGCAGAAAGGAUCCGGAGGAGGAGCCUGCCAGUCCCGAGGGGGAGAGGGCCCCCAAAAGGUUCCGAUGUUUGGAAAGGGAGGAGGGGGAAGAUCAUACGGAGGAGAGAGCUGAACGUGAAUCAUCGGAAUCCCGGGCAGAUGGAGGAGCUGCAUCACCCAUUAAGAACCAGACUGUCUUGAGGGCUGAGAUCAAUGAGGCUGGUCAGAAUCUGGAGGAUGCUAAGGGCCUAGUUGAGAAUGUGGAGUUGCCCAAAGCUGUCCAGGACCAGCUUUCCAGGCUGCAGCAGCUGCUGAAGACGUCUGGGGAGGGGUUGGAGGGUGCCCCACCGGUUGAGCUGCAGCUUCUCCAUGAAUGCAGUCCAAGCCAGGUGGACCUACUGUGUGCCCAGCUGCAGCUCCCCCAGCUCUCAGACACAAGUCUCCUGCAGCUCUGCUCCUGGCUGCUGGCCCUUUCACCGGACCUCAGCUUCAGUAAUGCUACCGUGCUGACCAGGAGCUUAUUUCUUGGUCGGAUCCUUUCCCUGACUUCCUCAGCCUCCCGCCUGCUCACGACUGCCCUGAUCUCCUUCUGUGCCAAGUAUACCUAUCCUGUCUGCAGAGCCCUCCUUGGCCCGGUGCUCGAGGCCCCAGGCACAGGUCCAGUGCAAAUGGAGUUGCUGUGCUGCCUUAUGAAGGCUCUGGAGCCAGACACGCAGGUUCUGAUGCUGGGACAGAUCUUGGAGCUGCCCUGGAAGGAGGAGACUUUCUUGGUGCUGCAGUCACUCCUGGAGCAGCAGGUGGAGAUGACCCCUGAGAAGUUCAGUGUCCUGAUGGAGAAGCUCUGUGAAGAGGGACCGGCAGCCACAACGUCCAUGGCCUAUGCCAAGCUUAUGCUGACAGUGAUGACCAAGUACCAGACCAUUAUCACUGAGACACAGAGGCUGGGCCUGGCCAAGGCCUUAGAGCACAACACCACCUUCCUGAGGAAGUCCCUACAGGCCGCCCUAAGACAUCUCACCUCCUGACCAUCCACCAAGGGACCACUCAUGGUGUUCCCUCACCAGAUUCCUGAAGGACACUUCUGUCCUGAUGAACUUGCCCCGAUCCCUUGCCUGAGGGUAAAGGCUGACUGAACCUGGCCAACCCAGAGACCAGCUGCCUCCUUUCUGAGGUUCCAGAGAGGAUGAGCGUCUUGGUUUUCCAGCCAGCAGAGCUGCCCAUGCCAGGGCUGGAUGAGCUGUCCUUUUCAAGGGCUGUUGACACAGGGCUCAAUCCUCAUCACUUCUACCUUAGGCCCCAGGGACAGAAACUUUCCACUAGGCAUCUGCCUUAGUUAUCUAGUGCUCCUAUAACAGAAAUAUCACACGUGGAUGGCUUUAAAAAAAGUUUAUUCUCUCACAGUUUAGGAGGUUGGAAGUCCAGAUUCAGGGCACCAGCUCCAGGGAAGGCUUUUUCUCUCUCUCAGCUCUGAGGGAAAGUCCUUGUCAUAAAUCUUCCCCUGGUCUAGGAGCUUCUCAGUGCAGGGACCCCAGUUCCAAAGGAUGCGCUCUGCUCAAGACUCAUCUUUCUUGAUGAUAGGAGGUCCCUCCCCUCUCUGCUUGAUUCUCUCUUUUAUAUCUCAGGAGAGAUUGUCUCAAGAUAACUUAAUCCUGUAGAUCGAGUCCUGCCUCAUUAACAUAACUGCCUCUGAUUCUGCCUUAUUCACAUGAUAGAUGUUAUGAUUUAUAACACAUAGAAUAAUUAGAUCACAAAAUGGUGGACAACCACACAAUACUGGGCAUCAUGGCCUAGCCAAGUUGACACACAUUUUGAGGGGACACAACUCAAUCCAUAACAGCAACCACAGGGUCAAAGCAGACCCCCGAGUAGAUGCAUGAUGCUCCAGCAGCCCUGGGUGGACGUGUGUGCUCAAUUCAAAGCUUUCGUGCUUACAUGUAUGUUACGACCUUUUGCGUUUUUAUAUCUGAUGUGAAUAAUAAUUUAUCAGAGAUAUUUAAUAAAAGCAGCAAGUUCAAUGAU